UAUCUGGAGAUGUGGACUGAGGUGUCAUCAAUAUGCGAAUGAUACCCAGCUCUACCUUCCCUUUUCAUCAAACCAAGGACUUGUACCACCAAUUAGGGCAGAAGAGGAAAGCAUUCUUCUGAUGCUGUUGGAGGCUUCCUUAGAACACAAAUCAAAGAUGGAUGAGCAAGACUCAGCUGGCCCUGAAAUCAUCAAGAUUGAGAACAGUGUGGAAUCCUGCGAAAGAACUGUUCAGAAGUUUCUGGGUGAGGACAGUGUCAGCUCAGAUGUACACUAUCAGCAUUUCAGACAAUUCUGUUACCAAGAGGCUGAGGGACCCCGGGAGGUUUACAGCCGGCUCCAUGAUCUUUGCCUUCAAUGGCUGAAGCCAAAGCAACACACAAAGAAUCAGAUUCUGGACUUAGUGAUUCUGGAGCAGUUCCUGACUGUCCUUCCACCAAAGAUGAAGAACUGGGUCAGAGAAUGUGGAGUGGAAUCAAGUUCCCAGGCGGUGGCUCUGGCAGAAGGUUUCCUCCUGAGUCAGGCAGAGGACAAGAAACCGGAAGAGCAGCAGGAGCACAGCCUAUUUGCAGAAGUGAGCAUUCAUUUCCCAAAGGCAGAGAAGGAUCUAUCAGAUACAGGACAGAAUCAACUACGAAGGGGGAUCAAGCAGGAGGAUGGCAUAGGUGCCACCUUCCAGGGCAAUGGACUGAUGCCAGCAAUACAUACUCCGUCAUCUCUUCUUUGUGGUGGAGCAGAAAUGGCUUCUCUGCAGCUGGAUCAGAGUCUGGUGACCUUUGAGGAGGUUGCUGUGCAUUUCACGGAGGAAGAGUGGACUCUCCUGGAACCUGACCAGAGAGCUUUACACAGACAAGUCAUGGAGGAGAAUUGUGGGAUCUUGGCCUCUCUUGAAGGGGACAGAGGGGAAAUGGAGAAUAAGGAAGAAUCCCCUGGUGUAUUAAUAGAAGGAGUCAGAAGUCAACAGAUGGAACAACAGGGAAAGGAAACAGAAGCAAUUUGGAAGAGGAGCAAUGAUUCCUCUGCUUCUCAGGGCAGUAAUUACCAUUUACUCUCAAUCCAAGAAAAUAUAGAUAAAAGAAAAGAAAAGAGUAAGUGCCAUGUGUGUCGGAAAAUGUUCAAUUUUACAUCAAACUUUAAAGCUCAUUUCAAAAUGGAGUCAGAUAAACAACCAUUUAAAUGCUUAGAGUGUGGAAAGUGCUUUAGUUGGAGCUCACAGCUUACUAACCAUCAAAGAACACACACAGGAGAGAAACCAUAUGAAUGUUUGGAGUGUGGAAAGAGCUUCAGUACAAGCACACACCUCAUUUGUCAUCAAAUAAUUCACACAGGGGAAAAACCUUACAAAUGCUUGGAGUGUGGAAAGAGCUUCAGUUGGAGCUCACACCUCAAUGACCAUCAAAGAACGCACACAGGAGAGAAACCAUAUAAAUGCUUGGAGUGUGGAAAGAGCUUCAGUAGAAGUACAAAUCUUACUUGUCAUCAAAGAACUCACACAGGGGAGAAACCAUAUAAAUGUUUGGAGUGUGGAAAGAACUUCAGUUCCAGCACAGACCUUAGUAGACAUCAAAGAAUACACACAGGCGAAAAACCAUAUAAAUGUUUGGAAUGUGGAAAGAGUUUCAGUGUGAGCACAAGCCUCACAUACCAUCAAAGAACUCACACAGGAGAGAAACCAUACAAGUGCUCAGAAUGCGGAAAGAGCUUCAGUGUAAGUAAAAGCCUCAAGUACCAUCAACGAACUCACACAGGAGAGAAACCAUACCAGUGUGUGAAAUGUGGGAAGUGUUUCAGCGUGAGCUCAAGCCUCGCUGCUCAUCAAAGAACUCACAAAGGAGAAACCAUACAAGCAUUUGGGGUAUGGAAUGAAAACAAGUCACAAUACAACCAAUAUUUCACAUCAGAAAGCCCACUUAAGGGAUCCUCCAAUAUGGAGGGCAGUGACUUAGUAAGGUCUUCAGCACCUGAAAAGGUGUGGCUGGAUGAGGAGGAGGUAGACAGUCAACUACCUCCAACUCAAGGCUGAGUUGGAUUUGCUGUAAGUCAGGAGUGGGGAUCCUGUAGUCCAGCAACAUCUAAAGGGCCACAACACCCAUCAUCGUUGGCCAUUGGCCAUGUUGGCUGGAACUGAUGGGAGUUAGAGUGCAACAACAUCUGGAUAGUCACAGGUUCCCCAUUUCUGCCCCUAAUUUAGGGCAGAAAUAGUUACAUUAGCAGCUCCUGCACCACUAUAAUGCCCUGCACAGUCACACAAUACGUCAGACAUCUCUGUUAAGUUUAAAGUUAAACCUGCAACUCUUGUUGAUCUUAUACAGGUGUUUCAUCUUAUUUCUGGACGUGGGUGCAGCAAUUGUAAUAUCUACUAUUAGGGCAAAAUCCAGGCAAAGUUGAGUAUACUAAAGUCCCACUGAAGUCAACAACACUCAAGCAGUUAAUUUAUUUAUAUAUUUUUUUAAAAUUCUAUACCAUCCUUUAUUAAAACAGAUUCUAUGCCAGUUUUAUAACAUGCACAGAAGUACAACCUAAUACCCUAAAACAAGCCAAUAAUAAGUAAGCUAAAAUUACAGUAGUUAAAAUGCCUUGAUGAAAAGGAAAUGACACCUAAAAGAUAAAAAUGCUAGAUCGGCCUCCUUGGAAGGAAGGCAGGAAGCACUCCAUCAUGGUCAGCUCAGCCAUCUGUCUGGUUGACAGCUCAUUACAGAACUUAAGCAUGAAUUCAGCAUUCCCCCAACCUCAGAUAUCAAGAAGUAGAGAUGAAUAUCCGCACAGACAACCAAUAGCUUCAUAUCCGUAUUUAAAAGCAUGGGGGACAAGAUGGAGCCCCACAGGACUCUAACAAAACAGCCAAAGCGCCAACGAGAAAUCCUCAAGGACCAACCCUGGCCAGUGACCCAAACAGGAGUGGAAUCAUUGUACCACAUGCCUCCGACUCCCAACUUCGAAGGCAAUUCAGAAGCAUAUCAAGGCCAUAGAAAUGCAUUAUUUAAUUACAGUUUUCAGGUUUUCAAUCUUCGGGGUUCCCCUUGCGAUUUCUGGUUUUAGCUUGUUAAUAGUUUAAUAUGUCUUUUGCAGUGUACAUUAUUUAUUGUUUUAUACUGUUUGAAUUGAUUUGAGCUGUAUGCCGCCCAGAGAUCCCAAUAAUAUAGGGUGGGAUACAAAUGUUUUAAUAAAUAAAUAAAUGCUUGCUGAGGAUCUCCUUUUUUGAGAAGGGGGUGAUAUUCCAUGUUAUAUGCUCAGUUCAUCCAUGGGGCUGGCCUAGGCCUAAUGGAUAUGGGGUUAUUGGAAAAUAUCCUGUACGGAACAUCAGAAAUUACUCAAAUAUUUUUAAAAUAAUAUUUUUCAUUGUUGUGAACCGCCUAGAAAGCUUCGGCUACUGGGAAGUAUAGAAAUUAAAUAAAGAAAUACCUGAAGGAACGUCUGCUCCCAUGCUUUCCUGCCUGAGUACUGAGGCCAUCUUCAAAAGUUCUCCUCUAGGUGCCAUCACUAUCCAAAGUAAAGCAGAUAGUGAUUAGAGACAGAGCCUUCUCAGUAGUGACACCCUAUUUAAUGAACGCCCUCCCUAGGGAGGGAAAAAAUCACUCCGCGCGGCAUUUUCAUAUAGCGUUUCUACUCAGAUGAAAGCAUCAGCCAAAGGCGCCUGAUUUAGGUGGACCUACUUAAGAAUACAGAAAAUUAUCCAUUCAAUGGAGAUUGGUGUGAUGGGUAAAGUGUAAAUUUAGGUAUUGA